UGUGUAAAGAAUAUCACUACUAAAUAAAUUCAUUACAUUACAAUUACAUCACAAAUGUAGAUUGAAACCUGCAGGCAGAAUAGCAAAGCAUUCACUACCAGAAGACCAAAUUAUUUGAUGUGCAAUAACAGGUGACCUGUCAUGCAUAAGACCAAGAACAAAUUACAAUCCAGAGCAUUAACAGUCCAUGAAAAUCAAGAGAAUUAAUUCAGUUAGAUCUCCAAGUCAAUAAAACAACAUAUUGCUCAAAUCUUAUGGAGCAUUUCUUCACCAGCUUUUAUUUUCUCUUCAGCAGUUGAAAUGUUUUGUCAUAGAAUUGUGUUUUAUUACUUUCAAAUGAUUAUGUUUCCUUUGAUAUCAAUGGGUCUUUUCUCUUCCUUUUUCGUUUUAGAGCCAACCACAACUACUACCACAACUACAACAACUCCCACCACAAGCAGCACAACAACAGAACCAACCACAACUACUACUACAACUACAACCACUCCCACCACAAGCAGCACAACAACAGAGCCAACCACAACUACUACACAUACAACCACUCCCACCACAAGCAGCACAACAACAGAGCCAACCACAACUACUACUACAACUACAAACACUCCCGCCACAAGCAGCACAACAACAGAGCCAACCACAACUACUACUACACCUACAACCACUCCCACCACAAGCAGCACAACAAGAGGUAUAAUUUUGCAUCAACUGUAUGCCUUGUUCAUCUUCCCAGACUCAUAUGUAAGAAAAUACUGAUGCAGGGUCUCAAUCACAAAUGUCACCUCUCCCUUUUCCCCAGAGAUGCUGUCCGACCCACUGGGUUACUCCAGCUUUUUGUGUCCACAUUUGGUUUAAACCAGCAUCUGCAGUUCCUUUCUACACCAAUAUUUAUAAUGCACUCAAGUAUCAAACCAUGGGCGAUAUUUGAUUGUGGUUCCUACAAUUUUUCUAAAACAUGCCAAAACAAUUGAUCAAAGCACAAUCUCAUGCCGACCAUCAAUCACCCAUUUCACACUAGUUCUAUGAUUUCACACUUUCUCAUCCACAUAUUGUAAAGCAGGAGAAAAGCAAUAGACAAAGAUUGAUCAUUUAUUUUGCCAACUUACUCCCAAAAGGGCAAACCAUAGAUUACUUCACACUUAAUCAUUGUAAAAAAAAU